AUAAUAUGAAUGACAGUCGAGCCAGCUGGCGCGACCAUGAGCUGAACGCAGUUGAUACAGAAUUUUUUAACAAUGUUCUUGAGAAAGUGUACUUACGAACAUGUGAGAGACGGCCUGUGGUGCAGUACGUGGCUCCAACGUCCGUCAAAAUGGAGUCUAGAUGUAAAGAAUCGUUUCGGAUACUAACUGUGAUUUUUCAGCAUGUACUUGAAGUUUCAAGUUUGAAGGACUCUCAAUGAACUAUGCAGCGAUGGUGACCGUGAGAAUGGUAUGCCCUCAGCUUUGAUGGACCUGCCAGGGACGAAGUGGAGGAAGAGACAGAUGUGGGAUUUCUUUUCCUCCUUUUUCCCAACUUCGAAUUCGCAAAGUCUUCGACGCGUUCUGCAAAAUCAGGAAUGAGGACCAGGCGUGACAUGGUUCCUGCAGACCUUUGGAUGGGGACAACGAGUUCCUGUAGCUUGCGGAAGCGUCUAAGGAGGACGUGACACCAGUUUAAUGUGUUCCUGAUCUUGAGAUAUCCAUUAACAAUCCCUUUGUGGUUUCACUCAGGAUGCAAGAGCAGAUAGGUUCAUCUGAGGUUGGUCGGUUGGUCGUCAUUCCGCUCCGGUGUUUUACAGACUUUUUGUAAGGAUGUAGUUUCCGAGCGACAGGUAAAUAAAGUUUUUGCCUUUGGACGUGCUAUUUCCUCACUCGAUAAACAAAACUGAUCAAUUUCAGAAGGUGAAAGCAGGAAAAGAAAUUGUCAGAUCACUUCCAGUCCUACAAGUUUAAAAUCGAAAGUUAUUUUGAUACAUCAAUAGACUGAGAUCCUGUGUGCAUUUUGACUACGUUGUUCCAAGAUGGCGCCUUCUAAGAAGAUUAUUCAGGUUAUCUUCUUGACAUCAAUGAUGUGGUUUUCCGUAGACAUCAUGCUUCUUAUAACCUACACCACUUCACCUGACAGCAAUUUUAGUCUCAAGCUCCCGUUUGGCAGCGACCAGAAGAGAGACAUUGAGAGAGAAAAGGACAAUGGAAGGUUUGAAAUUGAAAAAUUGAAACAUGACCAAGUCGAGAUAGGACCGCAACUACCCAGAGAAAACCCACGUGUCGGACUCGUAGAUCGACAACGGUCGGGCCUGGUCAAGAAAGGAAAAGAUGGCGUUGUGAAUUUUCAACAGCAACACAACGUCGUUGCCAUGGCAAAUGACAAUCCAACACAUGCAGAGGAGGAAUUCGACGUAAGGAGUAGACAAAAAGACCUGGAGAGUGUCAAUCAAAAUGACAGACAGAAUGUCGCACCAAACGGACACAAUUUAGAUCACAACGAAAGACAGCCGAUCGACGACCACCGCAAGGAAGGUGUCGAUCAAAUUCGAAGACACAAUGUCGAUCAAGGUGUCGAUCAUCAUGAGAAGGACGGAGAAACAGACAACCAGGCUUCGGAAUCGAUCUCUGAGUAUCUUGAAAGUACGUCCGGAUCGAUUGAGAAGAAGACACCACCACACUCUGCAACAAAGAAGCCGCCCACGUAUCAUUAUGUUCGUGACCUUGAUGUUACCUCCAAACCACGUGACCCCAACGGCCCAGGAGAGAUGGGUAAAGGGGUGAGGACAGAAGGGAAAGAUGCCGGCAGGGUCGCCGAGGGGUUCAGACAUGCUUCCUUUAAUGAGUUCGUGAGUGAUAUGAUCUCACUCGAAAGAGCUGUGCCGGAAAAAAGGCCGCAAAUGUGUAAGAGGAAGAAAUACGUGGAUGAUCUUCCAGACACAACAAUCAUUAUCUGCUUCACUGAGGAAUCUUGGUCGACAUUACUACGCACGGUACACAGUGUUCUGAACAGAUCACCGCCUGAACUGGUCAAGGAGAUUAUACUCGUCGAUGACUUCAGUCAGAGAGAGUAUUUAAAGCAGCCCCUUGAUGAGUACAUGUCCAAGUUUCCCAAGGUCAAGAUCCUCCGUCUAGCCCAGCGCCAAGGCUUGAUUCGAGCCAGACUACGUGGGGCCGAGAUCGCUCAAGGAACCGUACUAACAUUCCUGGAUUCACACGUGGAAUGUCAUGUGGGUUGGUUGGAGCCGUUACUGCAGAGGAUAUGGGAGGAAAGGACCAGGGUGGUGUGUCCUGCACUUGAUAGCAUUGAUGCUACCACCUUUAGGUAUGAAGGAUCUGGUGAGAUCAUGGGAGCGUUUGAGUGGGAUCUACAGUUCCAUUGGGUGGGUCUACCACGCCGGGAACUCAAGAGAAGACAAGAUGAAUCGUAUCCUAUACGGACGCCAGCUAUAGCAGGUGGAUUGUUUUCAAUUGAUCGUGACUGGUUUUACAAGCUGGGAUCUUACGAUAAAGGCAUGGACAUAUGGGGAGGAGAGAACAUUGAGUUGUCUCUCAGGACAUGGAUGUGCGGCGGUUCGAUGGAAAUUCUACCGUGUUCAAGAGUCGGUCACAUAUUUAGAAAAACACAACCCUAUAAAUUUCCAGAUGGUAAUGUAAAAACUUUCCUACGGAAUACUCAACGUGUAGUUGAGGUCUGGCUGGAUGACUUUAAACCUCUUUUCUACUCCAUGAGACCCGAGUUGAAAUCCAGAUCGUACGGAGACGUUUCAGACAGACUGGCGCUAAAGGAACGUCUCCAGUGUAAGGAUUUCAAGUGGUACUUGGAUAACGUUUAUCCUGAACUCGAUGUACCAGACAUGGAUGUGCAGACGAGAGGAGAGAUGAGAAAUAUCGGUGUGAACAAAUGCUUAGACAGAGCAUCCAACGGACCGUUGGGUUUAUAUCCCUGCCAUGGACAAGGCGGCCAUCAGGCCUUUUCUCUGAGCAAGAAAGGUCGCCUCCAGCACGAGAGUAAAUGCGCGUUGCCGUGGAAAUCGACAGAAAGAGUUGGACUGUCAAACUGCAGAGCCGUUCGCAUCUUUCAGUUUCAACACGCAAAGAACGGCGCAAUGAUUGAGGUCCAGACGAAGAAAUGUCUAGGCGUGUCACGUGACAAAAACUUCGUCAUUCUUCAACAAUGCGACGGCAGUCAAAAACAGAAGUGGAAAUGGGGCACGUAUAUACAGUAGGAAAACGAGAUAGUUUGUAACAUUAUAUACGGUAACAUCUUUCGUAUUAUUUUUCAAGUUACAUGAAUCUCGUUCACAAAAUCGCCCAUUCAUGGAUGGAUGUCUUUCAUUUAGAAAAUUGAGCAUUGUUUUGUUUGGUUAAAGGGAUUUAGGGGAAACCCAAUUUCAUGAAGAUUAAUAUCUUUUAGAAUAUACUGCGGGUAGAUUUAUAAUUGGCUUCACAAUUGUUUUUUUUCACCAUUUAGUUAUGAAGGCACAGAUUCUGAAAUUAUGUUUAAUGUUUAAAUUAUUUCCGAACAAGGCAACGUGUCCUAACUAAUUUAAUGAUUAUUAAGUUAUUAAAAGGUGGUUUAAAAUGUUUUUGUUUUCUCUCUUGAAAGUACACACAAACUGUAACAAUGUUUUACGUCAAUUUUAGAUUAAAUCUGUGAAUGGGGAAUUAAUUAUAAUUUAUUUUGUAAUGCAUAUACAGAGCGAUUCAAAAGUAUGAAGCCAAAUAAAAUCAACACAAUGAAUCUUGGUCAAUGUUGCAUCAAACAGGACGGCCUCCAGAAACAACUUAAGUGUCCAUAUCCCUUCUUAGUGUUAUGUCAUGCAGUGACCACUUUUAGAGUAACUUUUGCCCAACCUCGAUCCAUUACAAAUACCUGAAUCUAUUCAAUUGAUUCAACCUUUACCAAUGAUACACUCCUCUCUAUCCUCUAUUUUAUAAAUGUUCUCCACGUUUAAAAGAAUUCGUGCCCUCGUGUAUGCUCCCAAUUGGGGUUAGUUUAAAUCUGAUUUACGUUUUAAAUAAUUUAUUGAAAUAGAUAAAUACUUCAGUUCAAGCAAAAUGAGAUAAAUAAAUCAUUUUUUCGCCAUUUGCAUUGUUUUAUAUUCAA